GUCGUCUGUGGCUCCCGCCUCUGUUGCUCCGCCGCCUUCGCUCUCCCCGGCCUUCUCCUGCAGGGGGCAGCGGACCACGAGAGCGGGCGCCGAAAAGAGCGGCCUACCUGGGAACGGGCCCUCCUCCUCCUCAGUAACAUAAACGCCUUUAAAAAAAAAGAAAAAGGCCGAAUCCGCUCGUUAUGCAGAACGGAGAGGCGGAAUUCUGGACCACUUCCCUCGGACCGAGGAAUAAUGUCGGAAUGCCUCCGUGUAAAGGAAAAAACAGAAGCAAAACACGCACACUUAUGUUGAAUCGAGUGAAUUAGGUCACGGAUUUUAUAGCAUAGCCCGUUCCCUGAGGCGCCGGUUGGUUUCACACAAGGGGAUUAUAAAGUCGGGGAAGAGUAAAAGUUUGCGCCGCAUUUUGCAGCCUAGAAUUCCUUACCAGCACAUUCUGCACAAUUUGCUAAAAGAAAACGGCCGGCAGCAUGGCUUGAGGCAUGCCCGGAGACUGAAGUGCUUAUAAUGUUAUUUAAAAGAAGCAGCAGCAGUUCAUAGUGCAACCAAAUGCGUGUCUCCCCACAAAUAAGCCCUACUGAAUUCAAUAGGGGUUACUCCCAGAAAAGUAGACGUUCAGCUGAAUUCAAUGGGGUUUACUUAGGAGUAGGCAUACCUAUAAUUGCACUUUGUUCUCUUGAGCAGGGUAGAAGAUGCAGCUUGGCAUUAGUACAGGUACAAACACAGGGGUGCAAACUGUCAGCCUGCUCAUUUUCUUUCACACAACCUAAACACAUACUGCUAAAUCACAUACUGCUAAAUCUGUUGACGUUGCACCCAAAUUCACUGCCUGAACAUUAUUUACAAUUAAAAAAUGAGCUAUGGUCAACUUACUAAACCUCCUAUUUCCAAAGCAGAUGUAGGACAGACCAAAUGAACAGAACAUGCAAGAGAGCCUUCAUCAAUUGAAGUUCGUGUUAUAGGACAGACACAAAUUAGAAAACAUCUCUUUGAAUCUGUAGUUCACUAAACAUGAAUUACACAUCAAGUAUUUCUUCACAAGGCAUGCUGUUAUCAGGAAAUGCCAGCUCUUUAGUUGAUGAAUUUGUAGCAAACAACAUGCCACUCUCUGCUAAUUGCUUGGAAGAUGAUUUAAUCAACAUUGCUUUUGAAGUUUGCAACACUAAAGAAACAGAAGGUGUACCUGCAUAUGCUUUUAUAAAGUAUUUGGAGGAUAUGACUGGGCAUAGCCUUGAGAAUGGUAAACUGCUCACGCUCUACAACAUGCUGGACCCGAAAAGGCAAAAUGUUCUUGUUGACAGAGAAACAUUUCAUGAAACUAUGAAAGAAUGGAUAGCCAUAUGCUGUCAAGAUUGCAUUUCAGAAACAGAAGUUUCUACUAUCACUAACAGAAAUUUGCAUUGCAAUGAUAUGAUGUCCUUCUUAUCUGAUGAAGAUGCUGACAUAUAUGAAGGAAGACCUGGAGAUUCUGAAAUGGACAUUUCCAAGGCUUUCGACUUAAACAGCAGCGUUGAAGACUUAAAAUACAUGAAUCAGAAAAUGACUGCACAAUUACUGGGAAUGCAGAAAGUAAUGGAGUUGUCUGAGGAAUCCUAUCUGCAAUUGACAGAUGAUAUUGUAGAGCUGAGAGACAGACUGGCAAGCAUGCAGAAGCCUUUAGAAAACUACAAAUACAUAUGGCGUGAACUUGAAGACACCAAGAAUAAAAUGGCAAGCUUGCAUGAAGAGAAUGGUGUGAUCCGUAAAUGUGUCGCAAGUCUGAAAGAAAAUGUGAAGUCCCUUGGUAUAAAACUUGUUUCGCUCGAGGAGAAUGCAAAAGCCCAUGAGGAAAGAAAUACUUCUGUGUUUGAAGCAUUAUUGUUUCUGCGUUCAAGGGAACACUUUAAGAACUUUUUACAGGAAAUAGUCUCUCAGAAGGAUAGCAUGUUUCAAGCCCUGAUAGAAGAAAUUGAGCUGAAACAGAAAAUGGAUCACUCGCUAGUAACUGUAUUACAGACAUUGGCCAACUUAUGCCCAUUCAUUGAAACUUGGAACAAAGUCCUAAAAAGAUUAGAAACAUUUCUGGAAGGGCCACAACUUUGGAUGAAAUCACCUUGCCUUAAUGUUGAACUUCAUGAGGAGGAGGAAUUGGGUGAAACAAAUGAACAGUUGGAACAAAGCACGCUUGAAGCAGAGUUUCAAGCUUCCACAAACUAUAUGAUGAAUUGUGACAGUUGCUGCAUUGAGAGAGCGAACACCAGAACUUCCAAAGAGUACCAUGGAGCCAAUCUAAGCAAAAAAGCUUUGCAAAAUGUAAAUGCAAUCACUUUCAGCAGUCAAACGUUAACACAAACUCCAGAAAAAGACCAAAUAUUGGUACAAUGUCAGACCUGGAAAAAAUUGUUAGGAGGGAAAAAAUGGUGGAAUCCAGAAGGAAGGCUGGAAGCCAUUUUGGAAAUUUCUAAGAUACUUGCAAAUGACAAGAAUACUGUGUUAGAUGAAAAAAAAGAGUCAUGUAAAGAGGAACAUAAAAUUCAGCCAGAACAGAAGAAGGGAAACCUAGCUGCAGCUAUAAAACUGAAAGAAUUGGUUCUUAGAAUUCCCAAAGAUCUCUGUGAGGGUGUAUCAGAAAGCAAUGUGACAAUUCUAUACGCCCAACAGAUGAUAAAAGCACUUCAGCUGUGGAUUUCUGAAGGGGAAGGAAACUUUCUGUUUCAGGAAAACUCAAAAGAAACAAAGGAGAAUUUUCAAAUGGACGAAAGGAUGCCAAACUUCACUCAGUUUGCAGAACCAACAAACUGUGAGGACUUCAAUCACAGCAGUGACAGCAUAACAUUUUUUGGCAUGAAAAAUGAGCUACCCCAUUGUUUUUCAAUGGCUCAACAAUGUUCAGCACAUCAAGAAAACAACAAUAAAAUGAGUGAUGAAAAAUACUCUGAAAUGGAAAAACCUGCAUUGGUAAUGAAAAACAGAAAACCUAGCAAGGAGGCUGCUGCUUGCUGUAAGUCAACACUUGUGUUGCCAAUUUAUUUUCCCUUCUUGAGCUUGAAAGCUACAUACCUCCUUGAAAAUGAUGAUUCCAGGCUUCCGACAUCACUUAUAGAUGCACUGAAUUUAGAACAUUUUUCGGCUCGAAAGAGAUGUUGUCGCACAUUGCCUAAUCUGUUCUUCCUGAGCCAGAGACGGGGAUCCAAAGAAAAUCUCUUAGACAAGGAGAGGCAUGCCUAUAAAACAGAACAUGGGCAAGACAAUAAAAGAGCAGUUGAGGUCAACAGUCAGGCCAGCACUGAAGAUGGAGUGAAGCACCUUCAGUCUCAGUCUUUGCCAAGGUAUUCAGCUGUGACUCAGAGGCCUUGGGAUCACAAGGCCCCACAGUGCUUAUCUUCAGAGGUUAACUCGAAACAGACAUUCCCAUCAGUGCAUAGCCUCUUUAGUCAACACUGCAAUCCAGCGUGUCUUUCACCUCUCAUUAUGCCAACCCUACCUGAAGAAGAGGGACAGCCAACAGAGACACAGAACCCCAUUUUGCCUUCUCCAAUCAAAGAGUCCCCUGUUGAAGCAGCAACAUGCAACACACCUUCUAUCGUUCUUCCAGAAAACAUAGUCACACCAGAUACAGAAAGAGAAAAAAAUCUAGCUUUCAGACCUGUUAGUCCUCAUCUGCGGCAUUCUCACAGAAAUGCUAGGACAUCAGCUAGCUCACUGACAUCUGUGGAUAACAGAGGUAAUGUAAUUGACUUGGUGAAUGACCAGCUGCCAGAUGUUAAAAUAUCUGAUGAAGAUAAAAAGAAGAAUCUCGAAUUGUUAGAAGAAGCAAAGAGGGUGAGUGAGAGGUUCCUCACACGAAGAGGAAGGAAAUCAAGAAGCAGCCUUUCAGAAUCUCCCACAGCUAUAUCCCCAGCGCUUAGCCCUAAUGUUUCACCUGCUGCCUCUCGGAGCAAUUCUUUCACUCUUCCAAGUCCAACAGGUUCUGAUAUAUGCGCAUCUGCUUUGGGUUCAGUGCCUCUACUGCAGAAUGCCACAAAAGGAUUAACUGAUCGAAAUGAGAAUGAUCAAAGAAAACUUUCUCAGGAAAAACCAGUUACACACACAACUGCUUUGGAAAAUCCAAAGAAGUUGAUGGAACAAAAGGAGAACUUUGAUCCACAUAAGCCUAUGGAUAAUCUACCCAGAUCCUGUACUUCAGGUUAUGACACUGGCAGAGUAUCUCUAAAUACCAGCCCAAGCACCUGUGAAAACAAACUUCAGAAACUAAUCCCUAAAAAACCAAAAGAAAAUGAUUCUCCUUUCCAAGGCCAUUUACAAGGACCAGGGAUAUUUACCAUGGACCCAAAGUUAAAGGGAUCAGUAGCACCAUUACCGAAGGAUUCAAAAGUUUCUUGUAAAACAGAACUUAAUACACCUGGUUCCCGUCCUCCUCUAUUACGAGCUGUGUCCUGGGAUCACGCAGAACCUGGUAAUAUAGAAAAGGUACCUUUUAAAUGUCCAUCUGAAGAUGAUAGACACUUUGCCAUUAACAAUAAACCCAACAACAUAUCGACUAAACAGUCAGCCUUCAAAGACCUCCAAAUACAAGUUCAACCAGUAAGGAUGCAGAAAUUGACAAAGCUCAGAGAGGAGCACAUAUUGAUGCGGAAUCAAAAUUUAAUUGGACUUAAGCUCCCUGACCUAAGUGAAGCUGCUGAACAGGAGAGAGUUCUGAACUCUUCUUCAGGGUCUUCACCAGUGCCUUUCUCAUCAGAGGAGGAAGAGGCGAAAAGUAGAUGUGAGGUGAUGCCCAACAUUCCUGACACGCUUUUACGAAAACUCCGUGUGCACACCUCUCUUCCAGGAAGCUCUCCUCCGCUUACUGAGAGAGAGGUUGAGAAUGUGUUUGUACAACUUUCAUUGGCUUUCAGAAAUGAUAGUUAUACAUUGGAAUCAAGAAUUAACCAGGCUGAGAGGGAGAGGAAUCUUGCUGAGGAGAACACAGAGAAGGAACUGGAUCAUUUUAAAGUUGCUAUUACGUCUUCAGCUUCCUUGUGGCAUCAUUCUGAGCACAGAGACAUGUACCAGAGAUUGUUGGAGGACAUGGCAGUGCUGCAUCGUCUGGCCUCUAGAUUAUCUAGUCGAGCGGAAAUGGUUGGAGCUGUUCGCCAGGAGAAGCGCAUGUCAAAGGCCACUGAAGUUAUGAUGCAGUAUGUGGAGAACUUGAAGAGAACAUAUGAAAAAGAUCACGCUGAGCUCAUGGAGUAUAAGAAACUCGCCAAUCAAAAUUCUAGCAGAAGUUAUGGCUCACCUGAAGAUGGUGUGCCCCGUACAUCAAGAUCCAUGUCUCUUUCUGUUGGAAAGAUGCCUCGAAGACGAGUCAGUGUUGCUGUUGUUUCAAAAUUUGAGCUCCCUGGCCAGUCACCUACUGCAUCGCCCAUACCUUUGAUGCCAUCCCUGUCUGAGUCGUCAAAUGGAAGAAGCAAUCUGACAUCAACUCCCGUCUUAUCAGCGCUUAUAGAGAAUAGUGGAAAAUCAAAUGGGGACCCUGAGAGUGAACCACCUCCUUCAGCACCGGUACAGAGUGCCUUGGAAGAGAUCAGCCCAGAGAUAAAAGCCAAAAUAGAAGAAGAGGCUUAUAACAAAGGUUAUCAGGAAGGCUUAAAGAAAACCAAAGAACUUGAAGAGCUGAAAGAAGAUGAUGAAGAGAAAAUAGAUGAGAGCCCCAAAGAAUGUGUAGCAGGUGAAAGCGACGAUGAAAUCAGCAAGCAGCACAGCAAACUUGAAGUUAUUAUCCACUAUGUACAAAUACUGUACCCCAAACUGCAUAAACACUGGAACGUGCUCUGGAUUGUAGCUGCUGUUAUCAUCAUUUUUGCUGUGGUGCUGGGAAUCUCCAGUUUAUACAACUACUUUUCCUCCUGUACUGAGUUGUCGACUGGGCCACGAGUGAAAGCUACCUGUUCUGCUGUCCAGCAAUACUUCUGGUGGAACUCAGGACUGCAACAUGACCAGCGCACAGAAUAACAAAAGCAUGAACGGGGAGGAGAACCACUUAACGAUACAGCAGUAAGCACCUGUUUGAGAACCGAGGUGCACAAAGCAGAGCAGUGCUUUGUCACUUUUGUGGUGGUUAAAUGUGAUCAGUAACCUACUGCUUAAUUUCGUCUGUGCCAUCAGACUUGUGAAUGCCGUGUGAUUUUUAUGUAGCCAGAUGCACCAGCCAAUAAAUGCUGUUCUCUCUUUCA